GAGUCACAGCCGUCGGAGAUCCUGGACCCGCACGAGCUGACGGUUCCUGUUCGGCUGCGCCCCCGAAGGUUUUGGAACAUGAGUCCUUCAUUCUUCUUGAUUGCCCUUUACUUGGGAAUAGCUUCAGCUGCUCCAAAACUUGAUGGAAGUUUGGAGGCACGAUGGCACCAGUGGAAGGCAACGCACAGGAAACUAUAUGGCUCGAACGAAGAAGGAUGGAGGAGAUCCGUGUGGGAGAAGAAUAUGAAAAUGAUCGACCUGCACAACCAAGAAUACAACCUGGGGAGACAGAGCUUCACCUUGGCAAUGAAUGCUUUUGGUGACAUGACCAACGAAGAGUUCACGCAGGUGAUGAAUGGCCAUCAGAACCAGAAGCUCAAGAGAAGGAGAGUUUUCCGGGAACCUUACGUCGCUGAAAUCCCCCCAACCGUGGAUUGGAGGGAAGAAGGCUAUGUAACUCCCGUGAAGAACCAGGGUCAAUGCGGUUCUUGUUGGGCAUUUAGUGCAACUGGUGCCCUUGAAGGACAGAUGUUCCGGAAAACUGGCAAACUUAUCUCAUUGAGUGAGCAGAACCUUGUGGACUGCUCUCAGGCUCAAGGCAAUGAGGGCUGCAGUGGUGGCCUAAUGGACAAUGCCUUCCAGUAUGUGAAGUCCAACGGAGGCCUGGACUCAGAGGAGUCCUAUCCAUAUCAAGCAAAGGAUGGACCCUGCAAAUACAGGCCCGAGGAUUCUGUUGCCAACGUCACUGGCUUCGUGGACAUCCCUGCGCAGGAGAGUGCCCUCAUGAAGGCAGUGGCAUCCGUGGGGCCCAUCUCUGUUGCUAUAGAUGCAAGCCAUCUUAGCUUCCAGUUCUACGAAGAUGGCAUUUAUUAUGAGCGGCACUGCAGCAGCGUGGAUCUCGAUCAUGGUGUUCUGGUGGUUGGCUUUGGCUUUGAAGGAGAAGAAUCAAGUAACAAUAAAUAUUGGAUUGUCAAGAACAGCUGGGGUGAAACUUGGGGCAAGAAUGGCUACAUAAAGAUGGCCAAAGACCGGAACAACCACUGUGGAAUCGCCACCGCGGCCAGCUAUCCUACUGUGUGAGAUGAUGGUGAUAAAGAAAGACUUGAUUGAGAACAGGAUAUCCAGAGGAGGCAUUUCUAUCUUAAAACUGACCACAUUUUACUUAAUGGGAUACAACACUUGAAUCUUGAAGAUCCAAACUGUGAUUUUAAUUCUGUGAUGUUUUACAUUGGUGAAAAUGUUACCACUUCUUUUAUAAGGAUGUAUAAAUUUUUACCUUUUAAAAUAAAACUUUUUAUUAUUAUUUUUAA